AUGCGACCGAUUGAUUUUCUUGCUAUUGCCAUUGGUGGCACUUCCUUUAGCCAGCACUGGGCUGCCCCAGGCCACUACAUUGUCGGACCCAAAAUCGUGGUACGACCGGGGGAGGUAAUCAUUGUUGGCCUCGUGCUGAUGCUUUGGGUAGGUGCCAUUGUUUUGUUCUUUAAUCGUUGGGGCAAAAUACGCAUGCUGGAACCAUAUCAGCCGAAAUUUCAGCAACAGCAUCGGUCUUCCUGUCCACUGGUCGAUAUCGACACAAUACCAACGCAUGGGCGCGCCUCUGUAUCUCGUAUGUCAAUGGGAUUAGUGAAUAACAUCAACAUGCCGACAUGUCAUUUCGCUGCGUAUAAUCCGACGAUAUACGCAAAAGGCUAUGCGACGCAUGCGCGUCCACGCCAAAACUCGGUAUUCGUCGGCCCGAGCCCCAAUCAGUUCAUGAUGCCACGACCGCCGCGUAAAACGCGCUCCGCCAUGGAUUUGCAUUCGAUGGUGCUCGAUGAGGCGGCGGAGGUGUAAAUAACAGAAAAAAAUAUGCGCGUAUUGGAGAUGAUAGCGAAAGCUUUGUAAAAUAUAUCGAGCGUCAAAGGGAGUUGAGUAAGAGCAAAAUCCAUUCGAAAUGCACUGUCACUUUACGGCGAUUCUAAAGUUUCUUACAUUUAAGAGUUGAAAAUGAAAAAAAAAGAAAAUUUUUGUUUUGCUCACUAUCUCUCCUUAAGCUGUAAGCGUUUUAAGCAAGCAAACUUAUACUUAGCUACUGGAAAUUGUUUCCUCUUGCACUGGUUACUUUCUACAAGUCACUACUACUAUUUGCA